GAUUGACUGCGAUCUGCCAGUCGGCAUUCUUCUCUUUACUGAUAAGCACUCGAAAAGCACGAACGAACAAUAACUGCAAAGCCAGACAGAUUGUAACUCAACCUAUACUGAACUCAUCCUCGUCACGGGAGUGCGAUGGCGUCGCCGAGGCGAAUUCUUCUGCUAGUGGCCGCGAUCCUGAUUCAGGCUCACCGAACUGAUCAAGCCCUCCCGCUGGUGAUCAACACCUGGGCGUUCACGAACGCCACGCUGCGAGCCCAUCAAUGGCUGGUGGUCGGCGAGACGGGUCCCAUCGAUGCCCUGGUCGAGGGUUGCAGCGUUUGCGAGCGGGAGCAGUGCGACGGAACGGUCGGCUACGGUGGCAGUCCGGACGAGAACGGGGAGACAACGCUGGACGCGAUGAUCAUGGACGGGAGUACGAUGAACAUCGGGGCUGUGGCGGCGAUGAGGGAUGUUAAACAUGCUGCGGCGGUCGCGAGGCAUGUGUUGGAGAAUACGAAGCAUACGCUGUUGGUCGGCGAUCGGGCCACGGAGUUUGCCGUCCAGAUGGGAUUCAGGCGGGAGAGUUUGGAGACCGAGCGAUCCAAGGAGAUGUGGGAGCAGUGGAAGAACAAUCACUGUCAGCCCAACUUUUGGCAGAACGUGAUCCCGUCCCCCUCGAUGUCCUGCGGUCCGUACGAGCCCAUCUCCGGCAACGCGAUCCCUCAGAACCACUGGACCUCGAACGAACUCAACGAGGACGAUCACGCACCAACGUUCAACCGCUUCAACCACGACACCAUCGGAAUGAUCGUGAUCGACGCCGAAGGUCACGUGGUGGCCGGAACCUCGACCAACGGAGCUCGCAACAAGAUCCCGGGUCGCGUGGGAGAUUCUCCCAUUCCGGGUUCGGGAGCGUAUGCGGAUUCGACGGUGGGCGCGGCGGCCGCUACCGGUGACGGGGACAUUAUGAUGCGCUUUAUGCCGUCGUUGUUGGCAGUGGAGGGAUUGCGCCGGGGGUUGAGUCCAAUGCAGGCGGGGGAAACGGCACUGGCAAGGAUUGCGGUGCAUUAUCCGAACUUUGUGGGUGGGAUCGUGGUCGCUAGUAGCGAUGGGCAGUACGGAGCGGCGUGUCAUGGGAUGGACGAGUUUCCGUACUCGGUUGCGGAGGGAAGCAAGGAGACGGAAGUGGUGGUGAAGAAGGUCAAGUGUAGGACGAAAAGACGUUGAAUAAAUGUUAUGGAAUGCUAAAAAA